UCUCUUUACCCAUUUAUUCGUCUCCUCUCUUCUUUCUUUCUCCCCUCCUCUUCAGAUCAACAAACCGUGUCCUGGAAACCAUCUAGAUCGCACUUUCCCUUCCUCGGAUCGUCGAAAGGCAGCGACUUUCGGAGGUUCUCGUGCUCUCCUCUUCGGGACGAGUCGAUCGGCGUGCGGAUCGGGCAGUUUUUUUCCCAGGUUGCCGGCGAGGCGGCGGUGUGCUUCUCAGAUCGGGAGUUGUUUGGCUUUCUUGAGGUGCCGGAGAUGGUGGCUGAGGCGGAGGUGAUGCAUCAGGCAGCUGUGCCGGUGCUGGAGGUGCAGUACCACCGGUGCGUGGCCAAGGGGAUCGAGGAGGUUGUCGGGAUGUCCGCGGCGGCAGCGGUGACCGCACCGGCGGAGGUGGGGGUUGAGGUGGACGUCGCCACCGAGGUGCUUGACAUGGGGUUGGAGGAACCUGAUGCUGCACCAAGUGUACCUGUUGAGAUGCUACAGUUUGUGCCCAACAUUCGGUCUGGUAGCUUUGCUGAUACUGGGCCUAGGAGGUACAUGGAAGACGAACACAUUCGGAUAGAUGAUCUUUCUGCUCAUCUAGGCUCGCUAUUGGUCUGCCCGUUGCCUAGCGCCUUCUAUGGGGUUUUUGAUGGCCAUGGAGGUCCGGAUGCUGCAGCCUACAUGAAAAGGCAUGCAAUGAGGUUCCUGUUUGAGGACAGUGAGUUUCCACAAGCAUCGCAAGUUGAUGAAAUAUUCCUUCAAUCUGUUGAGAACUCUGUUCGCAGAGCUUUCCUGCAAGCAGAUCUUGCUCUGGCUGAUGACUUGGAUAUCAGCCGCUCUUCUGGAACCACAGCACUCGCUGCAUUAGUCUUUGGGAGGCAACUGUUGGUUGCAAACGCUGGGGACUGCCGUGCGGUCCUAUGCCGGAAAGGCAUAGCAAUGGAGAUGUCCCGAGAUCACAGGGCAAACUAUGUUGAGGAGUGUGAAAGGGUUGCCGCAUCUGGGGGAUACAUCGAGGACGGCUACCUCAAUGGGGUCCUCUCCGUGACACGGGCUCUAGGGGACUGGGACAUGAAAACACCUGACGCCUCAACAUCCUCCCUCAUCGCCGAGCCAGAGUUCCAGCAGACCAUGCUGACCGAUGACGACGAGUUCCUCAUCAUGGGGUGUGACGGGAUAUGGGACGUGAUGACCAGCCAACAUGCAGUGAGCAUCGUCAGGCGGGGGCUCCGGCAGCAUGACGAUCCAGAACGGUGCGCGAGGGAGCUCGUGGUAGAGGCGAAGCGGCUCCAGACGGCCGACAACCUCACGGUGAUUGUGGUCUGCUUUGUGCCGGAGCUCAGCGCGCCGCAGCAGGAGCAGCCGGCGAGGCCGAGGAGCUGCAAGAGCCUGUCGGCGGAGGCGCUCUGCAACCUGAGGAGCUGGCUGGAGACUGACCACCGCUAGAAGGAGGGCGAGUGCUGAGGAGGGUACCGUUGUCUCCCGCCAUGUAAAUACCGCGCUGACAUUUGUUGACGUAUCAUGAGCACUCGUUUCUAGUUUCGAUUUGUUGAGGCUAGGCAGAUCAGCUGCAGCAUCAGCCAGCAGUUUUGUAGGUUAUUUUCGCCUUGUUCUUUUUACUCUAUUAUUAGUUAUUGCUGUUAUUGUUGACACCUCUGUUGUACAUAUCUAUUGAAGCUGAUGCCAUUUGUACGUUCCA